AUGGUCCUUAAUGUUUGGUCUCCGUCAGUGAGUCUUAAGAAGGAAGGAAUUAAAUCUGUUCCGGUUUGGGUAAAGCUCCAUAAUGUGCCUAUUGCGAUAUAUAAUGAGGAUGGAUUAAGCUUGUUGGCUUCUAAGAUAGGUGAACCAAAACGCUUGGAUGGAUAUACGGCGGAUAUGUGCUCGGAAAACUGGGGUAGGAGCAGUUUUGCUAGAGCUUUGGUUGAAAUUAAUGCUGAUCAUGAGCUUAAAGACCGCAUUGUUGUUGCUAUCCCAAAGCUCGAAGAGGAGGGUUAUUUUACUGAAAUAAUUAAUGUGGAAUAUGAGUGGAAGCCUCAGAGAUGUUCUUUAUGUUGUUUGUUUGGUCACAAUGAUCAAACUUGUGGGAAGAAUGAGAACAAAAAAGAGAAACAAAUAGUGGUGGACGAUGAGGGCUUUAUCACGGAUAAGAGGAAGACGGCUCGAAUAGGGGCGGUUCCAAAGAGACAGAAACAGAAAUUCAUUUACAAGCCUAAGGUCAAUAAGUCGGAUCCGAGUACUUCUGGUACAAAGGAUGUAAAUGUAAAUGGCAAGAAAAGUGAUAAUGUUAAAACACGGAACUCGUUUGAAGCUUUGUCGAAUAUAGAAGACAUGGAUGCCAAGGCUGAUAAUGUGGGGAAGGAAACAGGCAACAGUAAUAAGGGGAGUCAAACUAAGAACGAUGAGGAAGUGGAGGAGAUAAUUAAAACGGAAACGGCUGCAUUUAUGAAAAAUGAUAACCUGAAAAAGGUUUCUGAGGGGGCAAGCACUCCCGGUCAUAGCGGUCUCCAUGGGUAG